AUGAGGAGAUUUAGUGCCGUUUUAAUUUUCUGGCUGGUGGCCACUGUGGUCCGCGCCGACAUCAGUGAUAAAUUGGAAAAGAAAUCUGUGGACCAGGCCUCGGAUAAGAGCAGUGAUGCAAAACCCAAAAGAGAUGCCUCAUUUUUGGUGGGCAAUCAUGGCAGCUAUCAUGGACCUUCGUAUAAAUAUUUGCCACCAAGUCCAGGAGUAGCCAGCAGCUAUGACUCGUAUAGUGGUUCAUCUUCUCUAGGUGGUGGUCAUCAUCAUCGUCAUCAUUCCAGCCUGGGUGGAGGUCUGAAAUUUGUGGGUGUCAGCCAUGGCAGCUAUCCCGGCAGUUAUGCCUCAGGACCUUCGUACACUAGCAGUUUGGGAGGUCAUGGUUCUGGUUUUGGUCAUGCCAUCAAAUCAAGUGGUCCCUCAUAUGUCAUUGGGGGUCAUGGUGUCGGACAUGGAGCUUCCUCCUCAUCCUCCUUUGGUGCGGGACAUGGUUAUGCCCAUGGCUUUUCUUCGGGACCCAAAGUGAUUACCGCCGUACCCAGUUAUUCUUUGAGUGCUGGCCAUAUUGGUGCAGGUUCCGGCUUGGCAGGAGGUUAUCACUAUUCCAAGGGUAUUAGUGGAUCAUUGCCCACUUUGGGAGGAGGUCAUGGUGGAUUUGGUGGUUCAUCGGGAGUGGGUCAUGGCAUUUCUUCCGGACAUGGUGGCUUUUCAUCUUCCGGAAUUGGUCAUGCCGUUUCCUCAGGCCAUGGCGGAUUUUCAUCCUCUUCGGGAGCUGGCCAUGCCAUUUCAGGUUUCGGUGGCUCCGGUUUCUCUGCACAAGGAGGCUACUCCUCUGGCGGCCAUUCCGAGGUCCAUCACUCCGAUCAUGUUCACAAUGGCAAUCAGGAACAUCAUUACAUUGUUAGCACUACAAAUCAAAAUUCAGGAGUUGCCACUCAAUCUUCAGAUUCGGGUUAUCAAUAUGAAGCCCCUGCUGCCACAUAUUUACCACCCGUCAUACCCUCCAAUAGUUAUGGUCUACCCAUUUCGGCGGUAAGUGCCACCUAUACACCCCAAUAUCAAGAUUCUGGCGAUGAGGCACCAGUUUAUGCUGCCGGUCACAAGGGUCUAGGUCAUUUCUCAUUUACCUCCAAUAAACCCAAUGUUUUGCACACAAAUUUUAUUGGUUCCGGCUUCAAGACCCCCAGCUAUAGUAAGGUACCAUUCAAACCCUCCACCUUUUUGGGUACGAAAUUUGAAGGCUCCUCAUCAUCAUCAUCAGGAGCUGGAGCUGGCGUUGAAUCACCCAAUCAACAAUAUUUACCACCCUCCAGUGGUGGCUCAGCCAGUGAGGCCUCAGGUUACGACUAUCCCAUACCCUCUGGAGCCACCUUGGAAUAUCAUGACACCAGCUAUCAAUCCGAUGCGGGUUUGGGCAAUCAUCAACAGCCUGAGGCCAAUUAUUUGCCACCCCAUGAUAGCUCUGCCACACCCAAUGCUAAUUAUUUACCACCCAGUGGUAGUUCAUAUGGCCAUUAG